AGUAACCACUGGUGCGUAAAAAACGUAAACAAAUUUAUUAGCAUAUCUCUAGUUUUAUUGGGCCUUUGGAGCCGCUCAUUAGAUCGAUACAGCAGGAAAGCAUCGUGGAAAUUGUCAACGAAGGGGAGUUCAUUCUAGGUGCAUGUUUUGUCUGCAGAAGAUGCUGACGCAUAGCUGCAAUGAGCGAGUCUGACGACACCGACGUCUUGGUUCUGAUCCCUCACGAUUUCUUUACUGUAUCAAGCACUUCGGACGAAGAGCAACUUACAAAAUCUCGACCAAAACGGACGAGGUUCUUCUCAAGGAUGUCUCAGGAUCGAUCCAAACCUGGCAGCACUGGCGAUUUGAGCAAGAUGCUCAGCUCGGCGGAGAACACACCGCACAAAAAUUCAUCGUCCGCGAUUUACUUCAAGCCAGAAGAAGCUGCUAGUGCAGCUGGGCCUCGCUACAGCGCAGACUUCACCUCCAACCUGAUGGCGAAAAGCAACGGCUUCGAUUCGUCCAAGUUUCGCCGCAGCACCAGUGACCUGCCAACCUUGAACGACGCGCCCAAAGUGGGAGAGAGCCAGAAAGAUGUUCCCGGAGAAGUAGCCUCACCUCCAUACGCGUGUGGAGACAACAUAGGUGCCGUGCCUGACCUUGGAUUUGGGCUGCGGGCUUUUUUGGCCACGCUCGGCCCUCCUCACAAUCAGCACCACAGCAAGUCACAAGAUUCUCCAAGCAGGGUGCCAGUGCUCGAAGAACCGUUCGCCAAAAAGUACUACUUCCCUGUGGGAAGCUCUGAAAACUCAGCCUCAAAACGUCAAUUGGAUUUUGAUGACCAAUCAACGCCUGUGCGAGGAAGCGCAGAAAAAGUUAGUGGCUUCAUGAAAAGGCCGUCAGCUUUUGUUCCUGUUUCUGCUGAUGCCGUUCCACGAGUUGCAGAUCUCCAAAGGGGAAGCUCUCCUGGAACCCCAUUACCAAGUCUAAGUCAAAUGUGGAGAGACCCAGAUGUUCAACCUCUGGGUCCGUCUGAGCCAUCGCAGCAAGGUCCAGUCGACCCUUUGCUUUUGAGGCAAAAACUAGAGGAAGAAGUGUACAAACGAAUGGCUGCGCAAGGGCCAAAACAGCAUUGUGAGCAAGUCAUUGGUGACCUGCAGCAGAAACUGCUGAAGGAAAGUGAGAGAGUAGCUGUGGCCGCACAAGUCGAUGCCAGAAAGGACGACUACCUUUCAAAGCUGAGGAAUCGGUACGAGGGUACAGCUCGGCAGUGGUUGACAGAAAGAGAAAGAAUGAUGUUCGAAAUGGCUGAGAAAAAUGAGAUGUGUGAAGCUAGCAUACUGCGGCUUAGAAACUGCGAAAAGGAGCUUUCAAAGGCUCUCGACCUGGCCAGUGGCUUCCAGCAAAGGGCUUUGACUUUGGAACGAGGCAAAGCAGAGUUUGAGUCAGCUGCCAAAGCGAGAGAGGCUACCCUGGAACGAGAAUGCCGCUCCCUUGAACAGGAAGUACUGAAACUAAGGGCGUCUGCUGAAUUCGCAGAACAACAUGAAAAUAAGCGCUCGGACCAGUUGGCUUCACUCCAAAACAAACUUGAUGAUGAGAGGAAAGAUAGACUGGCACUUGAAUCACAGUACAAACGAGACGAGGCGCUCUUAUCAGAGGCCAAAGACCUGAAACUCAAAGUUGAAACCCUACAACAAUCUUUGGACGAGGCAAAGCGUAGAGAGAAAACUGCCAAGCAGGAGGUAAAGGAGCUCACGCAAGCAAUGGAACAAAGCAGAAACACAUUGAAGGAGCAGUACCAGGCACAACUGGACCAAGUUGUUCGUUCUAAGUUGAAUGAAUUCCAAACACAGCUUGACCAAGCCGAAGCCGCUAUUCGGACGCAGUGGGAGAAUAAAGAGGCGGAAAUGUCCGCAAAACAUGCCAAAGUGCUCAGUGAGUUGGAACAAAGGCACCUAAAUGAACUGAAGCAAGUUGAGGAGAGACACUCAAGAGACAUAGUCUGGUGGAAGCGCUCUUUGGCAAAAGCCAUGGAGCAGAUUCAAGAACUGACCAGCGAGCUGGAGAAACAAGAAAAGCACAAAGAGCAACUAGCAUCCAAGAUGCGUAGCUUGCUGCAGAGCCAAUACCAACAAGCGACCAACUUGAUUUGGGAGCAGCCAACUGCAUCAGGGGAUAGCAAAGGACCUGAUGCUCGACCGUGGAUGAACAGCGAUCCUCAAGUUUCUUCCAGUAUGAGUGAAAGCAGAGAUCAAGAGCAGCUGAAAAAAUACAUUGAAAUGCUGCUCUCACGACCAGUGGGUGAUCCUCUUUUGCAAGAUCAUGAGAGUUUUAGAAGAGAUAGACCCUCAGGCUCAUUUGCCGCCGAAAUGGAUUUUUCCAAUUUGACUCUGACUGAUAAAAACAAGCCGUCUAAGGAUGCAAGUCAAAAGCCGCCCUGGAAACCAGCAUGAACUUUUUAAAACUUUGAACUGAAAGCCAAUUGAGAUUCAAUUUUUUAGAGUUGCUGAUAGUUGGACCAUAAUCAGUGCUAUUUAUUGUUUACCUCACUUUAAGUAUUGCACUCUUGUGUAUAUUAUUCACUUUAGCAAGUGUGUUUAAUGUUUGAUUAAUUGCAAACAGCUCAAGUUAUAAAGCACUCUUCUCAAACAAAGUUAAUAAGCAUUUAUCACAGAAUAAACAAAAAUGUUUUAGUUACAGUUCCUUGAUAUCUCAAAAAUUUUGAGAAAAAAAGAUUUGAUCCUGUGUGAAAUUUCAUUUCAUGAGAGAAAUGAGUAAAAUUGAAUUU